AAGAAGAACUUCCUUUUAUUAGUUUUAAACCUGCUACCCAUUAAUUUAAACCUGCUACCCAUGAGCAUACAACACAAUUAUAUAUUCCAAAUUAAUCACUGACACAUCUGCUUGUGAUCUGGCAUUGGGAGAAUAAAAUAAAAAUAUUUACUGUGGGACUGUGAACCCAGCGAGGAGGGAAGCAUCACUAAAGGUGAAUUACUGGAUUAUUAGUCUCUGAGGGCUGCAUCUGCAAAAACAACCAGGAGUCCUGUGAUACAUGAAACACUAACAGGUUUAUUUGGGCAUGAGCUUUCAUGGGCUGUGGGACUGCAACACAAUUGGGACUUGCCUAUAGUACAGGACAGUAGCACAUUUGUUAGCUGCUGACCCUCACACAUGCUGUUCAGAGCCUCUAGAUAGCACAGCUGCUAAGUGUGUGUUCUGCAUAAUAAAAAUGGAGGAAUUCUGCUACAAACAUGCAGAUCAGCAAGUGCACUAUGGCUGGUUUGCCUAUAAAGGACAUGGAUAGGUGACUUACUCAUGUGACAGACUCCAUUUUGGGAGGUACCUUCACAGAGGAAAACAAUGGAUUUCUCUCCCUGUGAACAAGAUUUUGAAAGGGGCCCUAGAGGUUCCUCCAUUUGUCUUCAAUCCUGCUCUUCACUUCAGAAGCAUCUUUGCUAUGGAGAAAGGGCUGGGAAGGAUUUGUUGAACCAGCCUAACAAAGGAUGUACUCUAGAGACUUUUAAGCUAGCAGUUUGUUAUGUCUCUGCUAAGAACCUUCAUCAAUAACUUAGUGAUUGAUGGAGGUAAUGUGAGUUCUUUUAUAUUUCUACUCUAAACCUUUUCUUUUCAUGAAUAAACCUACAGAUUUUAUAUUCUAAAUAGAAAUUAAAAGGUGCAAUGCCAAAAGUAACAUCCCUGCGAGUUGCAUGAAAACUUUUCAGACACCACAGUAGAGGCUCAACUUAAUUAUACACCCAAAUUUCAAAACACGAACCAAAAAUGUGCCCCUUUUACUUGGUUGUGGCUUAACGACAAAGUAAAAGAAUCAAGCUGUGAGCUAUAAAAAGGAAUAAUUUUAAAAGUGGAAGUUAAAUCCUAGUGAGAAAAAUAGAAAGGAGCCCAAACUCUGGCAAAUGAAGUAUAAAAACAUAAUUAGGAAGGCCAAAACACAAUAUGAAGAACAGCUGUCCAAAACUCAAAAAAUAGCAAGUUACCUUUUAAUUACAUCAGAAGCCUGCUAAACUAACUUCUUCCCAAAAUCAUAAGGCUGUGUCUACAUUGGCACCCUUUUCCAUAAAAGGGAUGCUAAUGAGACACUCCAAUGGAGCUGCCUACACACUCUGCUAAGCAGGGGAAGAAGACUGUUGCACUGUGCAAGGAGCAAUGGCAGGGAUCCAUUUCUCAGUCGCUUCUUCCCUGAAAGCUGGUGUCCUCAUCAAGUAGUGAAAUGUCCGGUGGGGCUUUCUGGGACAUUUCACUAUUUGGUGGGGACACUGGGACAGAGCAUUUAAAUUUGGGACUGUCCCAGAAAAUUCAGGAUGCAUGGUCGGCAUAGCUGCAGGGCUUCUGUCCUCAGUAUCAGUGAAUUAAAGACACAAAGCUUCCUGGGGAGCAGGGGAUAUGCUGUCCCUUCCAAACUUGCAGCAAUACUGACCAGAUGUGAUCCUAUUCUUCCCCUUCUCUCUAUUUCCCUUGUUCCCCCAUCCCUUCCUUCAAUCUCCCUCCAAUCCUGUUCUGUUUCCUUCCCCCAUUUCUCUGUCCUGCCCCCACUUUUCAGUUUCACUUUCAUGUUUUCAUUCCUCUCCUUCCUGGUUCCUCCUUUAUCUUUGUCAGCACAAGCCAGCAGCUAGCAGGGUAAAGGGCAGAGAGAACCUGACCGUCAUGGUCUCUGCAGCUACAGCAGGGGAAUAACAAGAAUCCACUUGCUUCAUCUGCCUAGGGAAUCUGACAGAGACGGUGAUUCUAGCUUGUGGGCACAACUUCUGCAGAGCUUGCCUCACCCAGCACUGUGAGCAACGGGGAAGAGGGACACACCCGACCUGUCCCCAGUGUAGGGCCCUGUUCCAGAAAGAGUGGUUAAAAACCAACUCCCAGCUGAACAACAUCGUACAGAAGCCAGGGAAAAGGCAAAUGGAGGGCCUGUGUGAGAGACACCAGGAACAUCUCAAACUCUUCUGUGAGGAGGAUCAAACCCCCAUCUGUUUGGUGUGCGACAGGUCCCGGGUGCACCGUGCCCACAUGGUGGUGCCCAUCGAGGAGGCUGCCCAGGAGUACAAGGAGAAACUCCAGAGGGCCCUGGGCCCACUCAAGAAGGAGCUGACAAAGGCCCAGGUGCUGACAUCUAAAGAGGAGAAUAAAACCACAGAGUGGCAGAGGAAAGUGCAGGAGAAGCGGGAGGUGAUUGCAGGUGAAUUUAACAAGCUGCACACGCUGCUGAAGGAGGAGGAGCAGCUGCUUCUGCAGAGGCUGGCGGAGGAAGAGAGGGAGACUCUGCAGAGGCUCCAGGAAAAUGUCACCAAACUCUCCCAGCAAAGUGCAUCUCUGCAGCAGCUGAUCACAGAGAUCAAGGGGAAGUGUCAGCAGCCAGCUGUGGAGCUGCUGAAGGAUGUGAAGGCCACAUUGAGCAGGUACGUGUCCAGUGCCCAUUGCUCUGACCUACUUAGUAGCAGCUCUGCAGGGAGGUGUGCACAGAGCAGCCGAGUGAUGCUGGGAUGUUUUCUUCAUAGGAGUGAAAUUAGCAAACUCCAGGAACCAGAAGCCGUUUGCACUGACUUGAAGCACAUGUAUAAAAUUUGUCUUGAUAUGAGGGAAGCUCUGAACAGAUUUGCAGGUGAGUGGGAGCCCCUGGGACAUUGAGCUGUUUUGUGUCGGGGGCUUGGGGUGGAGCCUGGGGCCCCAGGACAUACAGGGACCUGGCUGGCAGGCUGGGAGCUGGGCGGUAGCUGGAGGCUGAUGCGCUCAGUGCUGGGGAGUUUGCCUACUGCUCACACCCAGCUGCUGGCACUUGCUGGGGAUCUGACCUAGUCCCAUCACAUUGGCCCUCCCUGGCUGGGUCAAUGUCACUGACCAGGUGCUGGGAUGCCUGGACUAGGCCAUUGUACUGGGAGCUGCUGCACAUACUAGUAAGGGGUAGGGUUGACAGGUGUCUGGUACUGACCCGGACGAUCUGGGAUUUUCACCUCCUGUCAGGUGGUAAAAUUCAGAAAAUACUGGACACCUAAAAUGUCGGCUAUUUUCUGAUUUCCCCCCCACCCCGGCCAGGAGGCAAAAAUCCUGGGUGCUUACUGGGUUCCACACAGGAAGUAUCUGGCCCCGCACAGGGAGGAAAGAUGGUGGGCAGCCUGUUAGGGCUAAAAAGCCUCACCACAUGUUUUUCAAAAGAGGACACUGAUUUUUUUGGGGGGGAGGGAAGUUUGGGGGGCUUCUUGCUAAACAACUCGGGGUCUUUUUUUUUUUCUGUAUUUUUUCUGAAAAUACCUGGCAACCCUAGUAACGGAUGAUGUGGGCCAUCCCUACAAAUAGACACCAUGUGCAGCUGUUUAGGGCACCACAAAUCCUGAAUCACCACAUUAGGCUUGUGUACCAGCACAGGUGUCCAGCUCCAUCUCCCAGCCAGUCUUCCCUGGUCUGUGCACAGCAAGACCAUUCAUAAGGGGGUGCAGGGCUUGGCACAACUCCUCUGCUCCAUCCCACCUCAUCCCAGUCCUUGCCCCAAGACCUGUCUCCUGAGUGUCACAGCCUGGAGGUUUAGUGGGGGGGGUCAGGCACUUGCACCAAGAGUCAGGGACCCCUUCCCAUCAGUAGUGGCAGGAAAUGGAGCAACAUGGAGAUAGACCACUCCACUCCAUUGGCUCCCAGUUUCAUCAGUCUGCUUCCCAUCACUGGUGAGUUUGAGGGCAGUAGCACUUCUUUCCCUCCUCCCUUCCCCAGUGACCUUGCUCUACUUUCCACCAUUGCCUGCCUUUAGGAAGGCCUGGCUUCCCUCACUGGGGAUUGAUAGGGAUGGCCCUGUCUGUGGCUUUCUCUA